CGGGUAGACUCGGACGAGGCCCGCGCUGGCCGCCCUGACGCGCCCCGGCUCGGCCCCGGACGGCCCGGCUGCUGUGCGGAGACGAGGCCGAGUCGGUAGUGGAAAGAAAAUACUGAAGAAUAGGAUCUCAAGAUGAGUAAAAAGCCCCCAAAUCGUCCUGGAAUCACUUUUGAGAUUGGUGCUCGUUUGGAGGCACUGGACUACUUACAGAAAUGGUAUCCAUCACGAAUUGAAAAAAUUGAUUAUGAAGAAGGGAAGAUGCUAGUCCAUUUUGAGCGCUGGAGUCACCGUUACGAUGAAUGGAUUUACUGGGACAGCAACAGGUUGCGACCCCUUGAAAGACCUGCACUAAGAAAAGAAGGGCUAAAGGAUGAGGAAGAGCUCUUUGAUUUUAAAGCUGGAGAAGAAGUUCUGGCUCGUUGGACAGACUGUCGCUAUUACCCUGCCAAGAUUGAAGCAAUUAACAAAGAAGGAACAUUCACAGUUCAGUUUUAUGAUGGCGUAAUCCGUUGUUUAAAAAGAAUGCACAUUAAAGCCAUGCCUGAGGAUGCUAAGGGGCAGGUGAAAUCCCAGCAUCCACUAAGCUGGUGUUGUCCUAUCGACCCAGCUGGAUCGUGUAACCAGUCUAUGGGAAGUGAGGACUGGAUUGCUUUAGUCAAAGCAGCUGCUGCAGCUGCAGCGAAGAAUAAAACAGGGACUAAACCUCGAACCAGUGCUAACAGCAAUAAAGAGAAAGAGAGAGAUGGGGGAAAAUGGUUCAAAGUACCUUCAAAGAAGGCAGAGACCGCCACAUGCAUAGUCACAGCAGAGACUGAGAAGAAGGAAGAGCUACCCACAUCUAGUGAACCAUUUGGACUUCACAUAGACAGCGUUCCAAAGAUCGUCUUUCCACAGCCAGAGAGCACAUUAACAAACAAGAGGAAAAAUAAUCAAGGCAACUCAUUUCAGGCAAAGAGAGCUCGACUAAACAAGAUUACUGGUCUGUUGGCAUCCAAAGCUGUUGGGGUGGAUGGUGCUGAAAAAAAAGAAGGCUGCAGUGCAACAGCUCCAGUCCUGGAGCAGGCGAUUUCACCUAAACCUCAAAGUCAGAAAAAAAAUGAAGCUGUCAUUAGCAGUUCUGCCAACACUCAGAAACCUGCACUGUUAUCCUCAACUUUGUCUUCAGGGAAGGCUCGCAGCAAGAAAUGCAAACAUGAAUCUGGAGAGUCUUCUGGGUGUAUAAAAACCCCUAAGUCACCACUUGCCCCAGAAUUAAUACAAGCCAAGGAUUUGACGCUUGUAUCUCAGCUUUCUUCAGUGAUAAAUAAAACUAGUUCUCCACAGCCUGUGAAUCCCCCUAGACCUUGCAAGCAUAGUGAGAGAAGAAGAAGAUCUCAGCGGUUAGCCACCUUACCCAUGCCUGAUGAUUCUCUAGAAAAGCUUUCUUCUUCCUCUUCAGCAACUGAUGGCAAAAUAUUCUCCAUCAGUUCUCAGAAUCAGCAAGAGUCUUCAAUACCAGAGGUGCCUGCUAUUGCAUAUGUGCCACUCCAGAAGCUAGGACCCUGCCUUCCUCUUGAUUUAAGUUGUGGUUCAGAAGUCACAGGAAGUCGAGCCCCAGAUUCAUCAUAUCCUGGUGGUGAAUGUACCAGGGAAGAAAAGGAGGAAACAUCAUUGUUUGCAAAUCCUGCCUCCAAAGUAGUGAGUGAUAUAAAAGGAGCUGCAGCAACCACAGGAAUAUCGAAAACAGAAAAAAAAGUGAAAUUGGAAGAAAAAACCUCCACUGCAUUUGGUAAAAAAAAAGAAAAGGAUAAGGAGAGAAAAGAGAAGCGAGACAAAGAUCACUACAAACCAAAGCAGAAGAAAAAGAAGAAAAAGAAAAAGAAAUCUAAACAGCAUGACUAUUCGGACUAUGAAGACAGUUCCCUGGACUUUUUGGAAAGGUGUUCUUCUCCACUUACUAGAUCUUCUGGAAGUUCUCUGGCUCCACGAAGCACAUUUACAGAGAAAACUACAACUUCUCAGUACCCGAGGGCAAUUCUCUCUGUUGAUCUUAGUGGUGAAAACUUGUCAGAUGUGGAAUUCCUGGAUGACUCUUCCACAGAGAGCCUGCUUCUGAGUGGGGAUGAGUACAACCAAGACUUUGAUUCAACUAAUUUUGAGGAGUCUCAGGAUGAAGAUGAUGCCCUUAAUGAGAUUGUACGGUGUAUCUGUGAACUGGAUGAGGAGAAUGGCUUCAUGAUCCAGUGUGAAGAGUGCCUAUGCUGGCAGCACAGUGUGUGCAUGGGGCUCCUGGAGGACAGCAUUCCGGAGCAGUACAUCUGCUACAUCUGUCGGGACCCUCCGGGUCAGAGAUGGAGUGCAAAAUAUCGUUAUGAUAAGGAAUGGUUGAAUAAUGGAAGAAUGUAUGGGUUAUCUUUUUUAAAAGAAAAUUAUUCUCAUCUCAAUGCCAAAAAAAUAGUUUCCACACAUCAUCUUCUUGCUGAUGUCUAUGGUGUAACUGAAGUACUGCAUGGAUUACAGCUUAAGAUUGGAAUACUAAAGAAUAAACAUCAUCCUGACCUUCAUCUCUGGGCUUAUUCUGGGAAGGGGAAAGACCAAAAUCAGGUAGUAGCUGGAGCAGAGAAAAAAGUAACACUUCAGGACACAGCUAACUCAGAGGGAAAGAAAUAUGUACAGAACCAUAAAGAACCACCCCUGAAAAUGGAAGAAACUUACAUAACAAGCGAACACAGCUAUCAAAAGCCACAAAGCUUUAGUCAGGACUGCCAGUCUCUCACUGACCCUGGAAGCUCAGAUGAUGAUGAUGCUAGCAGUUUUGAAGAAGAUGGGGAACUCCAUGUGCCAGAUAAAAGCCAUCUUCUGUACUCAGUAAACGAUCGUGGAGUGUCAGAGAAGAAUCCAGCUUCAGGGAAUAAAGUGUUUGUUUAUAAUGAUAAAAAGGGCACGGAGGGCCCAGGAGACUCGCAUCUUCAGUGGCAGCUAAAUCUCCUCACACAUAUAGAAAAUGUGCAGAAUGAAGUCACCAGCAGGAUGGACCUCAUAGAAAAAGAAGUGGACGUUCUGGAAAGUUGGCUUGAUUUCACAGGGGAGUUGGAGCCACCAGAUCCCCUUGCAAGACUGCCCCAACUUAAACGCCACAUAAAACAACUCUUACUUGACGUGGGCAAAGUACAACAAAUUGCAACUCUUUGCUCUGUAUAACAGCGGUAAAUACUUGGUGACAAGAAUAUGUCUUUCUUCAGUUGAAUCACUUUUACUGCUAGGUGGAUAGUCCAAAAGCUUAAUGUUUGGUCAUUUAUUGAUUUGUGACAUCAUUAGUAUGGCAUCUUGGAAAGAAAAUGAAGAACUAUUUUAUCAAGGAAGCUAACAUUAAAAAUGAGUGAACAAGCUGCAAAUGAUAAUGUCAUCUCUACCAAGAAUCAGUGAGUAUAAAGCAAGCUGCACUAAAGGAAUGGAAUUGACAAGAUACUUAUAGUUCCUUUCAUGAAGCUCAAGUUACCUAUAGACAGAAUUAUGAUGUAUUUAUAUAGGUUUUUUAGAAGAGAAAUCCAUGUUUAUAAACCAGCAUUUGGCCAAAACCACACUGUAAGGAAAUUCAAGUUCUGGAGAGUUCUACAAGUUUGCUCUAAGAAUUGCCUUCUAGCAGUUGGAUACAGCUGCAAAGAAACUUAGAUUAUUUAAACUUUUGUAGGAUCAUGAAUUAUUUCUUGGGUGAUGAAUGUAUUUUAAUCAGAAAACUGACAAUGGAAGUCUCACUUUGAGGAAAAUAAUUGUGGAAUUCUAACUUCAUUAUGAAUGUAUUUUAAGAAACCCACCAAAUAAUUGGAAUUUAUUGCGGGCAUUGUGCUCUUUAAAAGUAAAGUGGCUUGCAGAAGGGCCCAGUGUGCCAAAUGUUAAUACUGCUGGAGACAGGAUUUGAAUAUUGCAGGAAUCCUUCCACCCGCCAUAUGCAAUGCCAUUAACCCAUACAAACCUGUACACCACAUGCUGGGUGUGCUCUGUGUAGGUAAGUCGUGGUAUCCAGACUUCAGCCUACAUUUCAUCCUGGAUACACUUGGUGUUUGCCUUUUGAAAAAAACUAUAAACCUCAGCUGGGAUGAGGAGUGACAAAAAUAUGAAAAUAAUCUGUGGCUGUGGAUUUUUUUUUUAACUGCUAGUAGUGGAAUACUGGAAAAGCUUCAUUUCUGAAGACAAAUUUUAUUUUAAAAUAUAAAUAUACACUCACAAAUUUUAGCUUUGUUCACAAAUGGACAGAUUUAUGAAACCAAAGGCAACUAAGUUGCUUACUCAGCUCUUGCUGGAUUUUUGAGCCUAGGUCCUACUGUCUGCCAGUCCUGGUGUGAGUUGUAUGCACGCCGCAGUGCUACAUGUGCAGGUAUGCAUAAGUGAGUAUGCUUGAUUAAAUAGUCGACAUACAUAUGUACAUAAUCAACAUAUUUAUAUCACACAUAUCUAGUUUUAUUACUAUAGACUAUACAAAUUGGUGGCUAACAUAAAAUGUUACCUUUUAAUAGACUGUUUUUAAAAACUAAAAGUGUAUGUACAGGUUUUGAAAUUUUUUUAAAAGAGGGAAGAAAAGACUGUUAAGAGGAGGCUAUUUGAUGACAUUACACUUGAAUAUUUUUUGCCUCAUUCUGUUUAUCAGUUCUAGCAAUCUGUAUAAAGGCACUAAGAACUGAUAGACAGGGAACUUGAAUUUAUCUUUGAUAAGAAUACAUGCCACUGUACAUUCAGAUAUUAUUUAAAUUUGCAAAACACACUGUUCUUUAUGUAAGGUACUGUAUGUAAAACUCUAUUAAAGUUGUUCCACAUACUCUAAAAUUUCAGCUUGCCUUUUUGCGGCCUUAUGUUUUGAUGUGAGGAUUAAAAGAAUGUGCAAAACAUUGAGGAAUUUUUAUUGCCUUUUGAGAUUUUUCAACUGACAAAUGUGCCAAAGAUCAUCAUACAUAAAAUGUAGUCCUCUGUAUUUACUUGUGAUACCUAAACUUUGUCAAAGAUCCUACUGAUGAAAGCUUUAGCAGAAGUCAUUGUGAGGUAGUUGCUUAAAUUUGCAUAUUAAAGUAAAACUUAGUGCCUAUAAUAACCCAUGUGUGGAGUAAAUUUACUAAUGUUUGUGUUUCAAGUUUGAUACUAUAUUGUUGAUUUGUGUUUAAAAAUGAUAGCUGUAAAAUUUUCCAUCAUGACUGAACCCUAAAUGUUGAAUUUGCGUCUUCUCUUCAGAAAUGUAGCCAAUAAUGUCCUUAGUCUGAAAAUAGUGGUGUUGCCUUGGUUCUUAUCAUAUAUGCAGAAGAACUCUGCAUUUACUGGUACUCAGCUUCUGAGUUCUGGUGACCUUGUUUAAAAGAAUGCAUAGUGUUGUAGUACAGACUAAUAAGUGCUCCCACACAAAGUGUGAAAUGUUCCACAUGUGGAGUACCAACUGGACUCUGUAAGUGGAAAGUUCUAUACCUUCGUGUAGCAGGGUAGCAGGAUCACUGUCAAAAUACAGGCUCACUAAAAAAUGCAGUAUACACAUCUUCAAGAUAUGUGUUUAAAUUGUAUACAGAACAGCAGUGAAGUUCAUGUUUAGACUUAAGUCUCAUGCCAAGAAUGUGUCAUGAUAAAAUACAAAGACUCCAGCAUCCAAGAAAACACCAAAUCCAAAAUAUUUUUCUUUCCAAGCUUUUCUGAUAAUGAACACUAAACUUCUGUCUUAAAAUUCAAUCACUUUGUUAGCAGCUAGGAAAUUGAGUACUUCACUGAUAUUAUGUUAAAUGUUCCACUCUGCUUAUUUGUCAAUGAAUGGGGAAGCUAAUACUUAAGGUCUUUAAAGAAUAUAUCAGAUUACGUGCACAUACCCAGUUUCUAUAGAACCAACCAACAAUUGGCUAAGGCCCAUUAUCAGGCAGCACUUUUCUUUGAGAGAAUGAAUUAACUUUGGAGAAGCAAAUACUUGGUGAGAAGUAUCAGAUAAGAUUUGUUUUUCUGUUUAGUCUUACCUAAAAUCAUUGUAUUGAAAUCUAGCAAUGAACUGGAAAGGGUAUUUUCUUCAAAGAUAGUGUUUCAUUUGCCAGAUGGACAAAAGAGAAUGAGCUUCAGUGGAGGGAUUCCUCCUCAUCAUUUCUGGCAAAUAGAAUUUGUACUUCUUUAUGGUUGUCUAUGGUUCCACUGACUGUUGAAGUAAUGUAUUUUCUCCUUAAAGGAACUUGUUAUUCUUAGAAUUUCAGGUAAAUCACCUGUUCCUAAGUUGUUUCAACUCGAUGUUCAUACUAAAAUGUAUAUACUUUACAUGUUAAAACUGAAGCAUACUACUUCCUCCCCAAUAAACUGAAUCUGCUGCCAUUGU